CAGGCCGUACUCGCUGAAGGACAUAUAUCGUACCCUUGUCGUCCUUCGCGCCCGCUCUUCGUUCAAGUCCACGCCUCCUUUCCUUUCCUUGCUCAAGGUCUUCAGUACAUUUUGCGUGAUGUUCUUCCUGUUAUACCGCGCUUCUGUGAUCUCCGCGCUCGGGGUGGCCACUCUUUUGAUAAGCAUGUCUUCUCACGUUCAUGCUGCACCCGACUUCCGUCCGAUGCACUUCGUCCUGGACGAGGUAUCCUCGUCCGCGUCGGUACCAUCUACGCAACUUGCCGCGACGUACACUGUUCCCUCCUUCAUUCCUGACGUAUCAGGUACAAUUGUACUCGAUCAGGUGUCCGCAACCACGUCUGUCACGGCGGCAUCUGAUGAUGCUGUCACCGGCGUGGCAGACACCACAGCGUCAAUCAGCACCAGUCAUACUCGUCAGAACGUCUCGGUGCAAAAGAGCAGCGGGGCGAUCCGAGACCUCGGCGGGACGGGUAUCUGGCUCGCAUGUUCCCUUGGGAUCCUGUACAACGUUCUCUGAGUAUCACUCACCCGUGAUGAUUAGUCAAUCUGAUCUCCGCCCGCUCUCACCCCUCCCCUCGCCGAAGACCUGGUGUCAACGGCCGCUGCCACCUUCUUUACACACAAAAUAGAAUGUAAUCAUAUUCCGUCGCUGUAUCAACCACCCUUGCAAUCCCUGUAUCCGUAGCUGAGGUUAUUCCGCAUCCUGUAGAUGUCGCUCUUUUGUACCGGCAGCGCUGGAUGCACUGCGGCCCAAUACAUUUGUCAGAC